UGCCCUCCCUCCCUUCCUCUCACUCCCUCGCUCUCGUCCUACAUGAGCCGCGCGCACACACUCAGAGCCGUUGAGCCUUACUCUAAACUCCACACGUUUCAGACCCCGACGCUCACACUCUGUUGAUGCACUGCUCCGCUUCCCUCCACUGGAUAUUCUUUCUAAGGUGCUUGUUUUUCUUUUUUCUUGUUUUAUUUUCUUUUUUUUUCUGAAUGGGCAUCUGUGCCCAGAAUGAGGAGCUUUUGAAUGGACUGACCCGCUUGCCAGCCAGGCGAAAAAACAAAGCGCGGCAGCUGCGAUUCAGUUAAGGAGAGGGAUGCUGAGAGGUCAAGUGAGGAGCAGCAGAACCUCUUAGUAGUCUGGAAAUACAAAGACACGUGAGGAGAAUCGUAAAAGACGAGGAAAGACACAGAGGGAGGAGGAUGGUUCAUCACAGAGAGGAGGACCUGAUUGGGAUCCCUUUCCCCAACCACAGCAGUGAUGUCCUCUGCAGCCUCAACGAGCAGAGACGCGACGGGCUGCUCUGCGACGUCAUCCUCAUCGUCCGUGACCAGGAGUACCGCACCCACCGCUCUGUUCUGGCUGCCUGUAGCCAGUAUUUUAAGAAGCUCUUUACGGUGGCGACCACAGAAGGUGGAGACCCCCAUCAUACCGCUGCCGCAGCUGUGUAUGAGAUCGACUUUGUGGCUCCGGAGUCCCUCACGGCCAUCCUGGAGUUUGCCUACACCUCUACCCUGACAGUGACUGCCUCCAAUGUCAAGGAGAUCCUGACUGCAGCACAGAUGCUCGAGAUCCCCUGCAUCAUCAACGUUUGUCUGGAGAUCAUGGACAGCGAGGAUGGAGGUGGAGGAGGUGGCAGAGAAGGAAAGGAGGAGGAAGGAGAGGAGGAUGAAGAGGAGGAGGAGGAAGAUGAGGUGGACGAGGAAGAAGAGGAGGAUGAGGAGGAAGAUAUGGGCUUCAGGAAGGAUGAGCAAGAGGAGGAGGACAAUGUCAGCGAGAGGUCGCUGCAGUCAUUGGAGAGCAGGGGCGAGCAGACACCUCUGGGGACGGAGGACUCUUCUCCUCCGAGCACUUCCACGUACCAAGGACAGUUAGACCAACUGUCCCAGUCGCAGUCUCCAGACACCUUUAGAGGCAAACAGGAGAGUAUGGAGAGUCGGGCUCUCAAGGAUUUCUCCAUUGAGUCCCUUCUCCAGGAAGGGCUAUAUCCCCGGAUGUCGGCACUCGACCGGAGGGCCAACUUCUCUCCUCUCAUGCCUGGCUUCUACCCCUCUAUGUGGGCUGCAGAGUUCCCAGGUUUCCCCCAUCAGCUCCUGAACCCUACACAUUCCCAUGCUGCAACAACGCCACAAACACGGCUCACUCACACUUUCCCCGCCUCCACACCUCUCGAGCCCUCGAGGCCCCUCGAUCUAGCUGUGAAAAGAGAAAUCAUCAAGGAGGAGAUAAAGGAGGAGGUCCCGCCCAGUCUGCUCCAAGGUGACUUCCUGAAAGAGUUUGUCAGCUCAGGUUUGGGAGGCGCCAUCAAUACCAGAUCGGCGUCGUCAGAGAGUCACAUCAAGGAAGAGGCAGACAUCAGGUCUUACCUGAGCUUUCUGAGCUCUGCGUCCCACCUGGGGGCGCUGUUCCCGCCAUGGCAGUUGGAGGAGGAGAGGAAGAUGAAGCCCAAAGCCUCACAACAGUGUCCCAUCUGCAACAAAGUCAUCCAGGGAGCAGGGAAACUGCCGCGACACAUGAGGACGCAUACGGGGGAGAAACCUUACAUGUGCACAAUCUGCGAAGUGCGAUUCACAAGGCAGGACAAACUGAAGAUCCACAUGCGGAAGCACACAGGUGAGCGCCCCUACAUUUGCCUUCACUGUAACUCCAAGUUUGUCCACAACUACGACCUGAAGAACCACCUGCGCAUCCAUACUGGCGUCCGUCCCUAUCAGUGCGAGCACUGCUACAAGAGCUUUACACGCUCCGACCACCUCCACCGACACCUCAAGAGGCAGAGCUGUCGUAUCUCGCGUCCCCGACGAGGACGGAAACCGACAGCCUGGAGGUCUGCGCCUACCGGCAGCUUCCUGUGCCCUCCCACAGUCACAGCUGGCCAAGUGGAGGAAAGUCCUUCCUACCAGGGGGUAAAGAACCACGGACUGGGGGAGCUCCUCGGCUUCGGCGGCAGAGGUCUAGGGUUUAAGAGCAUGGACGGCUCAGUCAGGGAGAGCAGGGAGGAACGGCAAGCAGAAGGAAGGCAAGCCGCAGAGGAGGAGAAGGCCGGAGGAUUGAGGCAGAGGGGAGUGUUUGCCUUCACCCUAGCAGGAGAAGAAAUGCUUACCCACUCUCCAUUUUAUGCUGCAUCCGCUGACCCAUGGACCAUGAGACUGGAACGGGCUCCACCCAUCCCCGAGUCGGCAAAAUAAACUCCAAUCUGUAGAGUAAAAGUAAGGACAAGAAAAUAUCUUUAUUUCUGUGUCUGUUCUGCUCCAGGAAGCUAAAGCACCUUUUAUAAAAAGGAAAAAGUGAACUUUGUGAAGCCUGCUGAUGUGGCAGUGUUGAAGCUGUUUUUUUUUUUUUCUUCAUACGGUCAAAUUAAGUUAUAAAAUAAUUGUUUAAACCCCAUGAAUGUUUACAGAUAUUUGCAAAGCAUUUGAUGAUCCUGUAAAAAGUUGUUUCUUCACAUGGAAAAUAAUGCACAUCUACAAUGAGAUCUGCCAUACAAUAAAAAAACAAGAGAUUACAGCAGAAAGCAGUUUUGCUAAAUAAAUCGGAUGUGCUGCAGGCAGUUAAAGUGAACCUAAUGAAAGUCUUUUUCCAUAAAUAUUGUGUUUACAUGGUAUAAAUAACCAGAGCUUAAAGCAUUCAUCUGUCCAUUAUUUUAAUUUUUUUUUAUCAGAAAACUUCACAAGUAAAACCACUUGAAGCCUAUAUCAGGAUAUUUGACCACGGGUUAAUAUCUUCCACUGCCUUGUUCUGAUUUAAGCUCCUCAUCUGCACUAUUGUACAUAAACCCUCUGGCCGUGGUGGUGUUAAUUACGGUGAUGUGGCUGAUGGUGUAAAAUAAUCAUAAUAAAAAAACUGAAUAUAUAUGUAUAUUGCUCUUUAAAGACUGAGAAAUCCUUCCAAAGACGAGUACUUUGAUAUCUGACUUGAAUACAACUCUGUCUUAAUAUCUAGAAAUGUGUGUAUCUUCAGAUGCUGUAUAAGUCGGACUAAUCAACAGCCACUUUAGCUACAAAAGUAUGCUCGUGUUAUUUGUGUUAAAGAAGAGUAUGGAGAGUCGGGUUCUCAAGGAUUUCUCCAUUGAGUCCCUUCUCCAGGAAGGGCUAUAUCCCCGGAUGUCGGCACUCGACCAGAGGGCCAACUUCUCUCCUCUCAUGCCUGGCUUCUACCCCUCUAUGUGGGCUGCAGAGUUCCCAGGUUUCCCCCAUCAGCUCCUGAACCCUACACAUUCCCAUGCUGCAACAACGCCACAAACACGGCUCACUCACACCUUCCCCGCCUCCACACCUCUCGAGCCCUCGAGGCCCCUCGAUCUAGCUGUGAAAAGAGAAAUCAUCAAGGAGGAGAUAAAGGAGGAGGUCCCGCCCAGUGUGCUCCAAGGAGACUUCCUGAAAGAGUUUGUCAGCUCAGGUUUGGGAGGCGCCAUCAAUCCCAGAUCGGUGUCGUCAGAGAGUCACAUCAAGGAAGAGGCAGACAUCAGGUCUUACCUGAGCUUCCCGAGCAACAGCCGCUUUAGCUACAAAAGUAUGCUCGUGUUUUUUGGUCCGGUGCAACAAAUCAGCGGGAUCUUUGGCCCAAAUUUUUUCCAUGUAAUGUUCAUCUCUGAUUUGGGUCGCUGAUUAAUGCAAAAAUAAUUUGGACUGAAAUGGGAGAGUAUUUUCUUGCUAUUUAUGUGUAUUUAAAUGAAUGAGCCUUGGCUAUAUUUUGCAAAUCUGUUUUAUAAAGACACUAAAUGUUGA